AUGGAUUUUGAAUGAGACAGUUUCUUGUCAAAUAUGCACACAUACAAAAAUCAUUUUACGCACUUAUAAUCAAAAUGUCAAAAAUGUGGAAUGUGACAUAUUGAUCAUAUUUCUUUGUCAUAGAAGUUGUGUGUGUCGUGGAGUAAACAACAGUGAUUUUUACAAUGAUGAAAGAUCUUGUUAAAAACACUGAAUAACCUAAAAAUAAUUGGAACUACCCAAAUAUACCACCAAAUCUACAAAAAAAAAUUAUUUAAAUAUGGGAGAUCAAAAACCAAAACAAUUUUGAAAUCAUCAUAGUUGCAAUUUGAUUUUCGUUUUGUGAUUUCGAUUGAUAGUCAUUUUGUAAAGGAAUUUUGAAUUCCAAUUCAAAUUGAACGGAUUUCGUGAGACCUUUAUUCUUCGUUAUUCACGAUUUGAGAUCAUCUUCAUUUGAAAAUGGCCGAGCGCAUGGAGACGGAUGAUUUGAAUUUGAUGAGCAUUUCAGACGAAAUAUUUCCCAAAAUCUUUCAGCAUUUGAACGAUACCGAUUUGUUGACCGCUACAAGAGUUUGUAAGCGCUUCAGGGUCAUUGCAAUUGAAGCAUUUACCACAAAGUAUAAUGGAGAAAAUGACGAUAAAUAUUACAGCGUGAUUGUUUAUACUGACGACGCGACUCAAGAGCCGAAACCAUAUUGGCCAUUUUUCAACACUUUCGGUCACAGAAUGACAUCAUUGAAACUAAAUUUACAUGUUGAUUUUAUGAAUUGCUCCGUAAUCGUUCGAAAUCAUUGGCUAAUCCAUACGAUUGAGCAAAAGUGUAAUUCUUUAAGAAAAUUGAAAGUAACACUGAACGGUGAAGAGGCACCAAUUAGUGUGACGGGGCUGAUUCCAAUUUUUUCUAAACUCACACAAUUGUCGUUGCAUAAGCUUCGAAUGAAAAAUUCAAAAUGGGCUUUAAAUGUAUAUCCGUCACUUACACGUUUCCAUGCGGUUAAAGUUAAAGGAUUUCUUCCAUCGGAUCUGGAUACGCUUAUCAAAAAUCAUCCACAACUUCAGCACUUGGCAAUCGUGCGCUGCGAUAAAAUUGGGCUUAAAGUAUUGGAAAAAAUGCAAAACACCGCGACCGAACUCCGUGCUCUUGACCUCAUCACAUUCGACGGCAGUUUUACAAGUGAACUGGAAGCAAUUAAAAUGAGGAAAUUGGAGUCAUUAAAAAUUUCCCUCGGACAUGGUACUAUCGUAAGUAUUCUUACAGCUAUUUCAAAAGGAUGUGAAAAUCUACGAAAUUUGGAAGUCAUGCCAGUGAAAAUGGACUACAAAUGCGAAAUACGUGGCGAUAUUAUAGAUGUCAUUUGCUCAUUCAAGCAACUUCGAAGAGUUGAUAUUUUUGGUCGUCGAAUGGAAAUGAAACUUCUCAAAAUUCUUGUCCGUCGUCUUUCCAAUUUGGUGGCGAUACGAAUUCAAAAUGCAGACGAACAGUUUGAUUUGACCGAUGAACAUAUUCUGAAGCUAUUUACCUUGGGCCAAAAUCUACGCGAUGUAACAAUUCAUGUGCAUACAACGGGGCAUACGAACGGAGUGAUUAAAAGUUUAUCGUUCGACUUGAAUUUCUUCAAUCGAUUUGUUGAUGCUGUCAAAAACCGUCGCACAGCUAAAUUUACAUUUGAUCAGUAUGAAAAGAUAGUUGUAACCAAAGAGAAAAUCACAAAAGAUGGUCAACUUGUGCAUUGGAUUGGAUUUGAUUCGGAUCGCAACUGUUCGAUAUUAAAUCUAACCAAUAAAUGUUUUCAGAAAAUAUUUUCCUUUCUAAAUGGCGAAAGUCAUCGUGCACUAUACGAAACUUGUACUCGACUACGAAAGGAGGUGCGAGAGAAAAUUUCACAACAACUCUUCCAAAUCGAUAUGAAUAAUUUGCCGCUGGCGGAAGGUGUUCUCCAACGUUUCAGCGACGACAUUAAGCGAGCCUCGAUUUUGGCUCCAUCCUCACCAAGAGACAAACGUAAGCAAUUUUGGAACGCUUUGAUGGCAAAAUGUGGAAAACAGCUGAUCGAAUUGCAUGUGCAAAAAAUGCAGGCGUGUUUAAUGAAAGGAUACAGUCUUUCGUUUCCGAAUUUAGUAAAAUUGGUGCUAGAGGACAUUCAGUCGGUUGACUAUAAUGUAUUUACGAUGUUCAACUGUCCAAAACUUACACAUUUGGAAAUGUGCGAACACUACAUAGAGAAUCCUUUUAUAUCCAACGAGCAAUUGAGCGAAGUUGAUAUCUUCAACAAUCUACGUUCGAUCAAACUGGAUCGUGUGGAUGAUUGUAUGGAGCAUGUGUUUAAUGGCAUGAACGAAGUGGCCUGUGGUCGGGUCAAAGAAUUUACGGUUGGAGGAUACGAGGAUCGAAGCAAAUCUGAUGAUUUAAUGCAUAUGAUGCUGAUCAAUGUGAUUUCGAGAUUUCGUAAUUUAACCACAUUGAAUUUGAUCGUUGCUUAUAUGGAGAACAUGAAUAUUAAGCAUCUAUUCGAAAACUGUACGAAAAUUGUGAAACUUUCCGUCGCAUUUGAAUCCGACUUUGAUUUUUCCAAUGCACAACGAAUGUUCGAAUGUGUUCGGAAAAAUUGCAAGCAAAUUGCUGUUAUUCAAUUGAUCCAGAGGGCAUUCAUAACGGAUUCCGAUGAUGGCAUUGAAUUUGAUAAUGAUAAACAAUUUGACGAGAAAUUCUUGAAAAUGGUGUACGAUUGCUUUCCAAAUGCUGUCAUAAGUAUUGUUUUCGUUGGCUAUGACGGAGAGUGCCUCAAAGAAAGACGCAUCACCAAUAACUGGAUUAAUACGACUAAAAGGCCGCUUUAAUAUUAUUAUUGAUUUAUGUUCUCCUUAAAAUAAAACACUCUUAGUUUUUAUUUGAUUGA